AUCGGAGCAUCACUUUCGGGCAGGCUCAAAGUGUGACAGUGACCAAGAUGAGGACCUUCGCCUUCCCCUUGGCGGUCGCCGCUGCGCUUUUCGCCUGUUCGCUGGUCCAGGGACGGCAUCUUAGCGAAGAAGCACGGUUCCUAGAACAACAAUACCAGUCCAAGGGAGCCAUCAAGGGAGCCGUCAAGGGAGCUCUCCUUCAGCAACAACAAGCAUCACAGGUCAAGGGAGCCCUCAAGGGAGCCAUCAAGGGUGGCCUUCUUCAGCAACAAGCACAAGCGCAAGUCCAGGGAGCUCUCAAGGGAGCCGUGAAGGGUGCCCUCCUUCAGCAACAGCAAGCCUCACAGGUCAAGGGAGCUCUUAAGGGAGCUAUCAAGGGUGGUCUGCUUCAGCAGCAAGCACAAGCGCAAGUUCAGGGAGCCCUCAAGGGAGCCAUCAAGGGUGGUCUGCUUCAGCAACAGCAAGCUGCACAGGUCAAGGGAGGUCUCAAGGGAGCCAUCAAGGGAGCUCUCCUUCAGCAACAACAAGCAUCACAGGUCAAGGGAGCCCUCAAGGGAGCCAUCAAGGGUGGCCUUCUUCAGCAACAAGCACAAGCGCAAGUCCAGGGAGCUCUCAAGGGAGCCGUGAAGGGUGCCCUCCUUCAGCAACAACAAGCAUCACAGGUCAAGGGAGCCCUCAAGGGAGCCAUCAAGGGUGGCCUUCUUCAGCAACAAGCACAAGCGCAAGUCCAGGGAGCUCUCAAGGGAGCCGUGAAGGGUGCCCUCCUUCAGCAACAGCAAGCCUCACAGGUCAAGGGAGCUCUUAAGGGAGCUAUCAAGGGUGGUCUGCUUCAGCAGCAAGCACAAGCGCAAGUUCAGGGAGCCCUCAAGGGAGCCAUCAAGGGUGGUCUGCUUCAGCAACAGCAAGCCGCACAGGUCAAGGGAGGUCUCAAGGGAGCCAUCAAGGGUGGUCUGCUUCAGCAGCAAGCACAAGCGCAAGUUCAAGGAGCCCUCAAGGGAGCCAUCAAGGGUGGUCUGCUUCAGCAACAGCAAGCUGCACAGGUCAAGGGAGGUCUCAAGGGAGCCAUCAAGGGUGGACUGCUUCAGCAGCAAGCACAAGCGCAAGUUCAGGGAGCCCUCAAGGGAGCCAUCAAGGGUGGUCUGCUUCAGCAACAGCAAGCCGCACAGGUCAAGGGUGCCCUCAAGGGAGCUAUCAAGGGAGGCCUCCUUCAGCAACAACAAGCCGCACAGGUCAAGGGAGCCCUGAAGGGAGCCGUUAAGGGUGGUCUGCUUCAACAGCAAGCUCAAGCGCAAGUCCAGGGAGCUCUCAAGGGAGCCAUGAAGGGUGGUCUCGUUCAACAGGCUGCUGCCCAGCAGGCUUACCAACAAGCCGCCGCUCAACAAUUCGCUGGCCGUUAAUACCUGAAAGAGUGCAUAAGUGUUGCUUGUGCGACAGUGUAAAGACUUGUUCGGGUGCUUAAACAGUAAUAAAAUUAUUUUGUUGUUAAUGUAA